UUAUAACCUCAAAUAUAAAGUGGGCGACUUCAAAGUGAGUGCAGCGUGGAAGAGGGAGGUCUGUCGGCUCGUUGCGUAUGUGCAGGCAUCGGAUAUGGUCGGCAUUGGAUGCAAUAGUCUCUCUGUUUGGUCCCUUGAUAUUCUCAGGCCAAUAGAUAUCGAAAUACAGGAUAGGUGUGGAAAUGGCGUGCCAACGCCUGCAUACGGCUGCUGCUGCUGCGAGGCGGGAUUACCAGAAAGCGAGACAGAGCGGGGAUUGUUGCUAGAAAUCAGUCGAACAGGCACAACAAUCUGUUGUGCGGCAUUCAUACGAGGAACACGUCCCUUCAUCCCCAUCGCAUAUCUCACAGCUGGUGGUCCAAGUCUUUUUAGUCGCGGACCCCAGGAUGCCCAGCGUCCGCUAUUCUACUACCCCAGAAAGACAGCAACGAUUUCACCGAUUUUCGCUGGAUUUCAGUACUGUUACCAUGUGGAAUUCACCGGCGAAAUAUAUUUUUCAAAAAAAUUGUUCACCGCGGUUAACCGUUCACCGGUGAGAAUCACUAACUGGAGACGGACUGCGGUAGAGAACUGCCGCAACCUUACUGAUGUCCUGAGAGAGAGAAUACGUUCCGCCUCUCGAAACGGCUGUUGCAGGAGAAUACCUCCGGUAUGCGACGGGGACAGCCAGGUCAAGGUCCAUCGGAUCAUCGUUCCUUGCGCUGUGUACUCCUAGCGUCUUUUCCCUGCGACCUUAGGCUAUUCUCAGGCGCAUGUACAACAAAGAUGGCUCUGUUCGUGUGUAUCGGCUGCUUUAUUUUGUCGCUCAUAUGUUAUGGUCCGAGAUACUAGCAGAUCUCAAGAAUCAGACGCUCCUACACAA